AUGAGUGGUAUACAUCAGCCUAACAAUUCAGCAGCACCAAGCAUCCGCAUCGUAUCGAUGCCACAGUUGGCCGAGGCUAUAAGCAUGGAUGACGACUGGACAGGGACUAGGGAUGCCGCAGCACGCAGACGAGCACAAACUAGGCUUAACACAAGGGCAUACCGAAAACGUAAAGCUCUGGCAAAGGAAGCCGAAGCAUCCAUUGCCGCAACCGGGACACAGGUCAAUUCAGAAGUGCUAGUUAAAUACUGGGACAUUGAGCAGCAAUCCGUCUCCGUUGUCCCAAAAUCCCGUAUAAAGCAAUUGUACAACCCGAGAAACCCCUUGCUACCGAAUAAGUCUGUAAAAGAGCAGUUCAACUUUAUCUUCCCUCUCUGUCCAGACCACCUCAUCACACUCCUUCAAUUCAACGCCCUUCGCGCCUUGGCCGUUAACCGCACUCUAAUCUCGGGCAUCCUCGUCACGCCCCUAGACUGUGAUGACGAAAUUAUUCACGUCCUUCCCUACCCUACUAUGCCUGAGCUCUUCCCCCCAAAACUUCUACCCACCACUCUUCAACAAACGGCUCCACAUGGCGACUGGAUCGACCUGUUUCCGAGUCCUGAGGGACGAGACCGCCUAAUCCAGGGCGCCGGCACUUUUGAUGAGGACGAGCUGUGGGCUGACUGCAUCGGCGGUCUGUACGAGGGCUUUGCCGACGAUGAGAUCGAGAGACGAGGGAUUGUUGCAUGGUCGCCGCCCUGGGAUAUCACUGGGUGGGAGAUGUCAGAAGGGUUUCUGAGGAAAUGGGGCUGGUUAUUUAAGGGAUUACCGGGGGUAUUAGAGGCGACGAAUCGGUGGCGGAAAGAAAGAGGAGAGGACCCGUUUUUUAAUAAUGACUGCACAUCACAUGGUUGA